AUGGUCGUGAGUUCUCAGAACCCUGAGUGCUUUCACCUGAGCAUCCUGGCGCACCCUGCAGAACAGCACUUCCAGACUCUAAAAGACAGAAUCGACGUGGACACGGAGCAACGCGGGUCUUCCCGCUGUUGCUGUGGGGACCACGGACGAGCACACGACCCCGACCCCGGCCUGAGGUGGUGGUGGGAAGCCCACCGCAGUCUGCUGCAAUGCCAUGGAGGGUGGCGGGGAAGUGGCAACAAAACCACCGGCGGGUUGGCUGGCUUCUUCGGAGCGGGAGGAGCGGGUUACUCUCACACUGACUUGGCUGGCAUUCUGCUAACUGGUAUGAAACCCCUGUCUCCGUAUUUAAAUGUGGAUCCACACUAUCUUGUUCAGGAUACCGAUGAGUUCAUUGUGCCAACUGGAGCUAACAAAACCCGAGGCAGAUUUGAGCUAGCUUUCUUUACCAUUGGAGGAUGUUGUAUGACAGGGGCUGCAUUUGGAGCAGUGAACGGUCUGCGGUUAGGAUUGAAGGAAACCCAGAGCAUGGCCUGGUCCAAACGAAGAAACGCACAGAUUUUGAUUAUGGUGACUAGGCAAGGGGCACUUUGGGCUAAUACUCUAGGCUCCCUGGCUUUGCUCUAUAGUGCAUUUGUUGUUAUCAUUGAGAAGACACGAGAUGCAGAAGAAGACCUCAACACAGUAGCAGCUGGAACCAUGACGGGAAUGUUGUAUAAAUGUACAGGUGGUCUUCGAGGAAUAGCACAUGGUGGCCUGGCAGGACUGACCCUCACCAGUCUCUGUGCACUGUAUAACAACUGGGAGCACAUGAAAGGUUCCCUGCUCCAACAGUCACUCUGAAGAUUUUGCCACCUCUGGACUGGGGGACAUUUCAUAGUCAUCCAGAUUGAUUACUAAGUCAGUCUGGAGUUGCUUUCUCACUUGUACCGACAAUUACUUUGAACAAUUGGAGACUCUGAUUUGCUGUGACAAUGAUCAUGGAUGGUUAGCCUGGACUGCACUGCUUGCCCUUAGUGAGUGGAAGCCAA